AUGUACAGGAAUUGUGUUCAUGCUGAACAUACUCGGGCCGUUCAUGAUCGCCAUGAGGGUCCUUUCGAGAAAUUUAUCGCUGAUAAUAUGCAUCUACACUACAUAUUCUUACUGUAUUUUGCUCUUGGAUUGCUUUUCGCUUGGCUUUUCACGGAGUUGAUCAUGAUGAAAGAGUGAGUUUUGAGACAAUUUUUCUUCAUAGGCCAUGAAUAAAUUGUCAAAAAUUUUAAGUCAUGUUUUUCAGGGGCAUCCAUAAUACUGGGUUUCUCGACUCUAGGGAUGAACGAAACAUGACAACUUUUUUCACAAACUUUUGCUAUAUCACUUAUAAAAUAUUCGUUACAAUUAGUAGCCAAACUCCUCAAUUUAUCGCCCAUUUUUCAGCCAUUUUGCCUUCCUCACAUUCAUCGCCCUUCUUCUUGGCUAUAUAGUCAUUGUAAUUUUGCUGAAUGUUUGGUGUUUUACUGAGCGAACACAGUAUGGAUCAGGCCCAGAAGGAGGCCAACAAAGCCCACAUCCAACGUCAAGAAGUACCAAUAAUCAAGUUGUUCCGAUCAAGCAUAAAACUGCGACAACGGCGACCUAUGGAAGAUAA